AUGAUAAAAGUUUCUCUCGCUGAUGAAGAUGAAGAAGAAAUGGAGGACAGAGAGAAUGAGGAUGAUGAAACAUCGAAUGAUGCAAUGGAGGAUGAUGUCGAAGGCAAUGAUGAGAAAAUGAACCAGAUUGAACCAUUGCAGUUAGAAACUGAAAAUAAUGUUAACGAUGAUGAUAUAGAAGAUAGUUUUAUCGAGGGUGUAGUUGAAAAUAUUCAUGAUUUAUCAGUUGAUUAUUGUCAACAGACCGUUGAAGAUGUGUUGUCCAAGUGUCGCACAUUGAUCAAAGUAAUUAAAAAGGGGGCAAUAUUAACAGCGUUUGCUGAAGAAAAUCGUUGGAAUCCCACUUAUUAUAUACUAGAAACAUUGAAUAUUUAUCAUGAGAUAUUGCAUGCUUUAUUUUCGUCAAAAUAUAAGUUUGAUAUAACAAAAAAACAACGAGAGAAACUAGCUGAUUGUGAAUUAAAUAGCGAUUGUUGGGUAACAAUUGAAAGUUUACUGGUAAUAUUAAAACCGUUCGAUAUGGGAACAAAACUGAUUAGUGGAUCAACUUAG